UAACAAUAUCACCAAGUGAUGAAUUCGAAGAUAAUUCAAAUGUUCCUCAUUUGACUUACUUACAAAUCUUUAUUAUAUUUUUGAAAUUUGGGUUUCAGGCAUUCGGUGGACCGAUGGCACAAAUUGCUCUAAUCAAAGAAGAAUUAGUCACAAAACAAGCUUGGAUUACACAUGCUCGUUUCAAUAGAGUAUUCGGUGUAUAUCAGAUUAUUCCUGGUCCAGAAGCAAUGGAAUUAGCUCAGUUUUUCGGUUAUUUAGCAGGUGGACGAUUCGGUGGACUUUUAGGCGGAUUAGGAUUUUUAUUACCUGGGUUCGCUUUGGUGCUCUUAUUUUCAUACAUUUAUGUAGCAGUUGGUCUUAGAAAUAAACAUUUCAAUGCCUCUUUUCGUGCAUUACAACCGAUAGUGGCUGCUAUGAUGAUGCGAGCUGUAAACAAGAUUGGCGAACACGCAUUAAUGUGUCACAAAACCAAAACUUUAAAUUAUUGGCUUUUCAGUUUAGCAUUUCUGUCCGCGAUUCAAAGCGCUUUUCGAGUCAACUAUUUCAUUACAUUAUUUGGAAUUGGAUUAAUAUAUAUGAUAAUUGAUCGAAAAUACUAUUGGGUUGCCGGCUCAUUUAUUCUACUUGAAGUUGUUGGUUAUGUAAUCUAUGUCGUAUUUAAGGGUUUUCCCUCACCGCUCUCUUUUGGCCUCGGUAUCACCCCAACACCUGAUCCAGGUCACAUUUUCGCCUUGGGUCUCGUAUCAGGAAGUCUUUCUUUUGGAGGUGCUUAUACAACAAUCCCAAUUAUCCAAGCAGAAGCAGUCACAAUAGGAAAAUGGUUAUCGCCACAAUCAUUUCUUGAUAUGAUUGCAAUCGGAAAUAUCAUGCCAGCACCAUUAGUAAUGUUUUCCACUGGAAUCGGUUUUCAAGCAGGAUACAUAUACAAGGAAAAUUAUGGUUAUGCUUUCCUCGAAGGGACAUUAAUAUCAAUUGGAAUUGUAUUUCCAUGCUUUGUCUUUACGAUCAUGGGUCAUCAUUUGCUAGAAAAGCUUGUUCAAAACAAAUUACUUGCUGCAUUCUUUGAAGGCAUUUCUGCUGCAGUUGUUGGAGUUGUUGCGAUCACAGCAUUAGAAUUGCUAAAAACUUCUAUAACAACUUCAUUACUCCUUAGAGACGUGUCAGAAAAUGAAAAAGGUAUACUCCUUUAA